CCUGCCAUGCCCGCUCCGCUGCUCCCGCUGCUGCUGCGAGUGCUGCUGUCCCGCCUGCUGCUGCCGGCUGCCCGCCUGGCCAGCCACUACCUCCUAUCCCUGCUGCGCCGACUGGCCCGCCGCCUGGGCUCCCAGGACAUGCGAGAGAUUUUGCUGGGCUGUCUGCUGUUUGUCCUCAGCCAGCGACACCCGUCAGAUGCUGGGGAGGCCUCCAGAGUGGACCGCACAGAGAGGAGGGAGAAGUUAGGUCCCCAAAAGUGA